CAAAUAGUACUGCUUGCCACCUCGUUAUAUACGGAGAAGCUCACAUUCUCAUUUCCCAAACUCUCACCAUUUUUCACCACACAAAACAAAACUCAUACCUCUAAUCACUACUACCUGUUCAUCAAUGGCGGACACUCAAGGAAAAGUCAUCACCUGCAAAGCGGCGGUGGCCUGGGAACCCAAUAAGCCUCUGACAAUUGAAGAUGUAGAGGUUGCGCCGCCGCAAGCCGGCGAAGUUCGAAUCAAGAUUCUCUUCACCGCUCUUUGUCACACUGAUGCUUAUACUUGGAGUGGCAAGGACCCUGAAGGUCUCUUCCCAUGUAUCCUCGGUCAUGAAGCUGCAGGAAUUGUGGAGAGUGUUGGCGAAGGUGUAACAGAGGUGCAACCUGGAGAUCAUGUUAUUCCUUGCUACCAAGCAGAGUGCAAAGAGUGUAAAUUCUGCAAGUCAGGAAAGACAAACCUCUGUGGAAAAAUCCGGACAGCUACUGGAGCUGGAGUUAUGAUGAAUGAUCGCCAGAGUCGUUUUUCUGUCAAGGGAAAACCUAUUUACCACUUUAUGGGAACUUCAACAUUUACCCAGUACACUGUGGUACAUGAUGUUAGUGUUGCAAAAAUUGACCCACAAGCUCCUUUGGAUAAAGUCUGCCUUCUUGGUUGUGGUGUAUCUACGGGUCUUGGAGCUGUCUGGAACACUGCAAAGGUAGAGCCCGGGUCCAACGUUGCUAUUUUUGGUCUUGGAACUGUAGGCCUUGCUGUUGCAGAGGGUGCUAAAACUGCAGGUGCUUCACGGAUCAUUGGUGUAGACAUCGAUCCCAAGAAGUUUGACGUAGCUAAGAAUUUCGGAGUGACAGAGUUUGUGAAUCCAAAGGAUCAUGACAAACCCAUACAGCAGGUGAUUGUGGAUCUCACUGAUGGAGGAGUUGACUACAGCUUUGAGUGCAUUGGAAAUGUUUCUGUGAUGAGAUCUGCCUUGGAGUGUUGCCACAAAGGUUGGGGAACAUCUGUUAUCGUGGGUGUUGCAGCCUCUGGUCAGGAGAUUUCUACUCGUCCUUUCCAACUGGUGACCGGCCGUGUUUGGAAGGGAACAGCUUUUGGUGGUUUUAAGAGCCGAUCUCAAGUACCUUGGCUUGUGGAGAAGUACAUGAAGAAGGAGAUCAAGGUUGAUGAGUACAUAACCCAUAACUUGACCCUCACAGACAUUAACAAGGCUUUUGAUCUCAUGCAUGAAGGUGGUUGUCUCCGAUGUGUAUUGGCAGCGCAUGAAUAAAUCAACCAACGAAUCACCAUAAAUGCAGCAUGGCUAUGAUUGUCUAUGAUGUUUUUCUUUCCUAGCUUUCAUAUGUAUUUCCGGGUGAGGUAGCAGACGAAACAGGGAAAUGGAUACAUGGUGAACCUUUUUGAGGUGUCUCUGCGUCCAUUAAGCUGGAAAUUUCAGCACUGGAUCAUCAAAAGCCUAAAUUUAAAUCAAGUUUGCAUAUUUCAGGACAUACUUUAUCAUCAUGCAAAUAUGCAAUUCAAUGUUGAGUAUUUUACAACAGAGUUAACCUA